GGAUACUCUUAUAGCUAUCUCUAGCUAGGGUCGAAACUCGGUCUUUGUGAUAGAGGCCAAAUGUCCCGGCCGUGUCUUCUUACUUGUACAACGGUCUCCUAAAACAAAUAAAAGCUUUAUAGGCAGAGAAAGAAAUUUUGUUUUUCAAUAGUCAAGAGGGUUUUUGGUUCAGCGAAAAAGAAGGGGGGGUUUUUGGUGUUAUUCUAAACUCUAAGCCCUCGCUGGCUCCAUCCGCUUUUCCCUAUCCGUUGGGGGACAUUCGCGCACAAAACAAUCGGAAAAACAUAUCAGAUUACAUUUCGAAGCUUGGUUUCCUUCUAUCAGCAGUGUGAUAGUUACGAGUGAGGUAUUUUAAAGAUGACUGUAUCUGGUUUGGCUGGUAGUCCUUCAAGGUGUUGUGUUUGGAUACCUACACGUAGCUCUGGUUCACUAAGCAAGCAAGUUUUAAAAUUUCCUUGUACUAGGGAACCUACAAAAAUGAUCGAGGUACUUCGUCUGGGAAGUUAUUGGAGUAGUUCUCAACAAAGAUGGAAUGUACAGAAAAAUCACUUGAUCAAGUGUGCAAUGGAUGCUUCGUAUGGUGAUAUGGCAAAUGAACCAACUGCUAUCUUUCCUAGGAUUAAUGUAAGGGACCCAUAUAAACGACUUGGGAUAAGCAGGGAGGCCUCUGAAGAUGAAAUUCAAGCUGCAAGGAACUUCCUUAUCCGACAGUAUGCUGGACAUAAACCAAGUGUGGAUGCAAUUGAAUCAGCUCAUGACAAGAUAAUCAUGCAGAAGUUUUAUGAGAGAAAAAACCCAAAAAUUAACAUUAAAAAAAAGGUCAGGGAAGUCGGUCAGUCUCGUAUUGUGCAGGCUGUGAGGACUAGGUUCAGAACACCAUCCACAAAAUUCAUCAUAAAAACAUCAGUUGCAUUUAUUGCACUUGGAGCUCUCACUGUUCUCUUUCCAACUGAAGAAGGCCCAACUCUUCAAGUGGCCAUUUCCUUGUUGGCAACCAUAUAUUUUGUAUAUGAUCGGCUGAAGAGUAAACUCCGAGCAUUUCUCUAUGGUGCUGGAGCCUUUAUCUUCUCAUGGCUGUUGGGAACCUUCUUGAUGGUGUCCGUAAUUCCACCUAUACCUAUACUCAAGGGACUUAGGAGUUUUGAGGUGACAACUUCAUUGAUAACCUAUGUGUUGCUUUGGGUUUCAUCUACUUAUCUGAAGUAGGACGUCUUAAUUACUUCAUAUAGAACCCCAAUUUUGUUGGAUUGACCACAUCAAAUUGCUUGAGAUUUAGCUUAUGUAGAGCUGUGUGCAAUCUAGUCGCAGAGUCCAUAUUUUUGCAGUAGUUUGGCAAUGAGCCUCCAAGUUUAGGACGAAAGAUAUCUGAAGGAGUGAUUACUUUGAUUUUUGGAGCAGAUGUAAAACAGACGACAGAAUGAUCAUCUUUGGGCAAAUUCAUUGUUUCUUCUAUGCUUGAUGUACACGUCUAAUUAAAAUUAUGAUAUUUGUUAUAUGGAUGUAUGGAGUAUGUAUCUUGCUGUCAAGUAAUGUCUACUAUUUCCUUGUUAGAA